AUGAAGAGUAAGAGAGCGAGAGAAGCCGUCGAGGAGAAGCCCUUCGAAACGGCCGUCGACGAGGUUCCCGCCAAGAAGCGCAAGCGCGACGAUGACGUGAACGGCGCCGCGGCCGGUGAGCCCAAGAAGCCCAAGAAGUCCAAGAAGGACAAGAAGAACAAGGAGAGCCGCAAAGAGAAGAAGGACAAGAUGAAGGAUCUCCAGGAUCUUCCCGAAGAGGAGAAGGAUGAAGAGGAUGAGGAAUCGAGAUAUGCUGCUUCUGCCGCCGCUGCCAUCGACGACGAGAAGAAGAAGAUGAAGAAGAAGGAGGAGGAGGAGGGGGUAGAGAAGAAGAAGAAGAAGAAGAAGAAUUCCGCCAAGGAGGAGUCCAAGAACGAGGGGGACAAGAAGGAGAAGAAGGACAAGAAGGAGAAGAAGGACAAGAAGGACAAGAAGGAAAAGGUAGAGGGUGGAACCAAGGAGGGAGAGGCCAAGGAGGAGGGGUCGACGAAUGAUGUUGCUGCUGCCCCCGCCACCGUCGGCAACGACGCAAUCGAUCUUGACCAGUCCACGGCCGAAAAGGCCGACCGCCACAUCGUCUUCGUCGGCAACCUCCCCUUCACGGCCACGGCAGCCAGCAUAUCCGCCCACUUCUCGUCCCUCUCGCCCAUCGCCGUCCGCUGCCUCAAGAACCGAGAUGACGACAAACCCUGCCGCGGUAUCGCCUUUGUCGAGUUCGCCAAGGUCUGGCACCAGCGUACCUGCCUAGACAAGUUCCACCACUCCAUGUUUGACGAUGGAAAGUCUGCUCCUCGCAAGAUAAACAUUGAACUCACCGCUGGAGGUGGUGGCAAGACAAAGCAGCGUCAGGAAAAGAUUCGCGAGAAGAAUCAGAAGCUGGAUGAGAACCGGGCCAAGCGCAUCGAGAAGGAGAAGAAUGCAAAGGUUGAAGGAAAGGGUCAGAAAUCGCAGCCCCAGUCUGAGUCCCAGACCAACAUGGAGGAUAGCAUACAUCCUAGCCGAAGGGGUAGGGUACCCGGUAUGUUCUAG